GGAAUGUACUAACACAUAUUAAAAUUAUGACUGAAUUUUGAUCAUGGUCUAUUUAAAUUAUUUUUACUUGAUAUUUAUAACUUAGGAAUUUUCAAAUAGUUUGUAACGUAAUACACCUUUAAAUAUCCCGCCGUUUUGAAUGCAUACUUUCGUAAGUCCUACAUGAUCCAUGGAAGCAAUGCUUUAAAAGUUUGACGUUUGACAGUUGGACAACAAACAAGAAAUAACAUUUGAAAUAUACCAUGAAUGAUUACAAAAUUCCAAUAAUCGAGCCAACUAUCGAUUGUACAAAGGUUCCACCAAUUAAUCAGAAAAGAACGAUUUCUUUCAUUAAUCACUUUAUUGUGCAUACUGUAACAUUUCUUAAUAAAUUUACAUUAUCAUGUGAAGAAAGACUAUUGCAAUUUGAAUAUAAAUUACAAAGAAUAGAAGCUUCAUUAGAAAUUUUAGAAUCUUGGUUAUCAUCAAUCCCUGGUUUGGAACAAAAUCAAAAUACUAAAAGUACUACAGAAAAUAAUGAUAAUAAAGAAGAAAAUGUAUCUAAAAUAAAUGAACCUGAUGAUAUUAAACAAGAUGUUUCUAAAAAUAUACAAACUGAAAAACAAUUAAUAAACAAAGAUUCACGUUAUGAAAAAUAUUUGAAAAUGAUACAUUUUGGUGUACCAAAAGAAGCUGUCAAAUUAAAAAUGGAACAAGAAGGAUUAAAUUCAUCUAUCUUAGACAAUGAAUCCCAACAAGUAAUUUCUAAGCAGAUAUCUACAGAAAACGAUAAGGAUAAAGAAGAUUAAAUAUUUAGUUAUAUUAAAUUUAAUAUACUGAAUUGAUUAU